AAUUAAAAAAAAAAAAAAGUCCUCCUAAGAUAGUAGCUAGGAGACUUGGAGAGUUCGAACUACAAAAAACGUUUUGCUACUACAACUGAUUAUUGAAUGCCAUACUCUGCUCCUGAGUUCCAUUCUAUCCGUAAAGUGUUUCACACCCUAAAAUACUCAUCUUCGCUUUUGGGCAGCUAGCUAGCUAGCUGCAACAAUACCAAACUCCAAUUCCAACCCCCAACCUCAACCUAUGUUGGAUUCAUUUCGAAACUCUUCCAAGCUUCCCAAGAAGCAACAAAAUCAAGAAAAAGAAUGGUUAGGGUCGAGUUUCAAGGCAGAGAACUUCAUUCCAGGUCUUGUUAUUGGUUUCAUAUGCGGUUUGCUUUUUGAUUUAUCAAAGGCCGGUGGAAACCAGACAAAUACAACGAGAAAAUGGUCGUCAAGCAAGCUCCAAACCCAAGAUUUGGUCUUAAAUAGUGGUGAUCAAGAACUUAAAAUGGUUCUGAUAGUUAGACAAGAUCUGAAGAUGAAAUCAGGAAAGAUUGCAUCUCAAUGUGCUCAUGCUGCCACUGGCAUGUAUGCAGAACUUAUGCAAAGCCGCCGAUCCCUUUUGAAACAAUGGGAGCAAUGUGGGCAGCCAAAAAUAGUUCUCACCUGCAAGAACCAACAAGAAAUGAAUAAACUGAAGGAAGAAGCUGACAGCAUUGGCCUUCCUACUUUUGUUGUUGCUGAUGCUGGGCGAACACAGGUUUCAUCAGGUUCAAGAACUGUUCUGGCCAUUGGACCCGGACCGAAAGUCAUUAUAGAUUCGGUGUCGGGAAAACAAAAUCUACUUUGAACUUAUAAGGAGGAGGUCUAGUUUAACUGGCUUACAACAAUUUAAGUUCAAGUAUGGUUCUAUCACAAUGAGAACAAUUUCUUAUCUCUUAAGGGAUUUGCAGCCAAAACUGCAAGAUGUCUACAAAUCAGGUUUCGUUUUAAUUUGUUUUUAUUUUUAACAGUCACUAUAUUCCUUGAGUAGAAAGCUCCCAUGUUAGCUUGGCUGGAGUAAGAGAAGAUAUGUGUAGGUUGAGAUUUUCAUUGUAUUAAAUUAUUGUAUGCAGUGUAGAUGUUUCUUAAUGAUGAAAAAGAACUCAAUUGUAUCUUAAACUGAAACUAUUAACUAGAGGUUGGAUUGUGACAAUGGAAUUCCAUAAUUUUUAUUUCAA